GUCCCAAGCUCAUUGUGCAAGUGACAAGCUGAGAAAUGGCUGCAGUCUGGAAAAGUGUUUUUGCUACUCUGGUUCUGCUUUUUGCAGCAGUGUCAGGAAGUGGACAUGAAAAAUCUGGUGUCCGGGUGAGCCAUAAAGUGAAUGCUGACUUGAAUGAAGAGCGGGUGGACAAAGUUAUGCAAUUUGCAGUGUCCCAGCACAACAAGGUCAGCCAUGAUGACUACUUCCAUAGGAUGUCCAAGGUCAUCAGUGCUCAGCUCCAGGUGGUUUCUGGAUUAAAGUACUUUGUGACUGCAGAAAUGAGUCAAACAUCCUGCAAAAAAGGUGAAACAGAGGGCCUGGAGAACUGUGCUUUCUACCAGAAUCCAAAAGCAAAGACAUAUACCUGCACUUUUGAAAUCUGGUCCCGUCCCUGGAUUAAAGAUACCCAGCUCUUAAAGAAUGAAUGUGCCUAAUUAAUUAGCAAGAUGGAGGUCUGCCCUGUCCAAUAAUGAAGCAACAAUUCCAUCGUCACUAAAAUUAUAGUGCCCUGCAACUAAAUAUUAAAGGGCCAGUUUAUGAGGUGCUAAUAUAUUUUUUUUCUUAAAAUAAGCUUUUAGGUAUAUAAGCUUUAGGUAAAUAAGUAUUUUCUGUCAUAUACUGCAGUGCAAAUCAUUCAUGUAACACACU